AUGCUGCUGCUACUAUCACUCUUCAUCAUCUCCCCCACCCUUGCUUCAGCAUCAGAAUGCGUGCCGAGAGCAUUUGAAGGGGACAGUUUUGUUUGCGUGUGCAAUUCAGAGUACUGUGACUUGCCAGGGGUCAUCGAACACCCUGCAGCAGGAUCUCAUACCCUCAUCACCACCUCCAGGGACGAGCAGAGAUUUUCCAUCACGACUGGGUCCAAUGAUGCUUCGUUGGGUGAAGGAAGCUCAGUGGUCGUGACACUAAGUCACCAGGAACAGUUCCAAGCCAUGAUGGGUUUUGGAGGUGCCUUCACAGACGCCACUGGAAUCAACAUCCUGAAGCUGUCAGAAGAAGCCCAGGAAUUGCUAAUGAAGUCGUACUUUUCACCCGAGGGAAUCGAGUACAAUUUGUGUCGUGUUCCAAUGGCUGGCAGUGAUUUCUCAACGCGGCCGUACUCAUAUGACGAUGUUGAGGGUGAUGUUGAUCUGUUGCACUUCAAUCUUACUAUGGAGGAUUAUAAAUACAAGGACUGGAUGUGGAACACAUGCGCUUGGACAGCAGAGGGCCAACGCGACUGGAUCAAGACCACAUUAGGGCCUAUACUAGAGGCUGCCGGUAUGCGUUACCUCAAACUGAUGGUCUUGGACCACAAUCGCGACGCAUUACCUUGGUAUCCAGCCACGAUUCUAGAAGACCCACAAUCCAACCAAUUUGUUGAUGGCGUGGCGAUACAUUGGUAUGACGAUGACAACACGGGCCCUGAAGUGAUGACUGAGCUGCAUUCUCUGUUCGAGGACAAAUUUCUUCUAUACACAGAAUCAUGUGAUGGGUGGGACGCGGCACCUGACCAGCGGGUGAUUCUCGGCGAUUGGUAUAGGGCAGAAAGCUAUGCUUCCAAUAUCAUCGAGGUAAGAAAUUUUUACUUUAAUAGUAGCUACAUGUCCAUGUUUGUGAUUAAGUGCAUAGAACAUUUCAUAUACCAAACGCUUUUCAAGGAUUUCUAUGACGUUUGGCAGUAAGGUGCUGAUAGCUAAGUAAAAACUGAUGUCAUUGU